AAAUAUACAAAUUUCACGCUGACUUUUAACCAAAAUAUUAUUGGUUUUUUUGUUUAAAAGACCGUCGUUCACAGAGGAACCUCUUAGAAGUUGAUAAUUUGUAGCCGACUUGCUUGAUUCCUUUUCUUCAAGAAAGGUCAAAACUGAAGAUAUUAUAAACAAAAAAUAUGGAUUUAUACUAUUUUCCACCAUCAGCCCCAUGCCGUUCAGUCUUAAUGACUGCUAAAGCUGUCGGUGUUGAUUUCAACCUCAAGGAAUUGAAUCUAGCAGCCGGUGAACAUCGCAAUCCAGAAUACGCUAAGAUCAAUCCACAACGGACUAUUCCCACUUUGGUUGAUAAUGGUUUUGUGCUAUGGGAAUCUCGUGCAAUAAUCGUCUACCUUGCAGAAAAGUACGACAAGACCGGCUUGCUCUUCCCCAACUGCCCCAAGACGCGAGCUGUCAUCAACCAACGUCUGUACUUCGAUAUGGGAACACUGUAUCAGCGUUUUGCCGAAUAUUUCUACCCUCAAUUCUUCGCCAAAGCACCAGCGGAUCAUGAGAAGUUUAAGAAAAUGGAAGAAGCUUUUGCUAUGAUGGAAAUCUUUCUUAAAGGUCAAGAAUUUGUGGCUGGAGAUAAUCUUACCGUGGCUGAUAUUGCGAUGGUUGCCACUGUUUCAAAUUACGAAGCUGCCAAAUUUGACUUGAGCAAGUACCCUAACGUCCAUAGAUGGUACAAAGAAUGCUCAGCGAUUAUUCCGGGAAUUGAUUUGAACAAAGCAGGAGUUGAGCAGUUUAAGAGACAUUUUGCAUAAGUUUAGGUAGUUUUGUAUUUUAUUGUACUGAUUUUGUAUAUUUUUUGUAUUUGAUUAAAUUUUAGGAAUUAAAGAAUUUGUUUUAAUCUGAAGAAAGAAAGCAAAGCUCUAGUUGACAAUUUAUUUAUUUUCAAGAAGAA